AUGCGAUUUAAUAUCGCAUCUGUCGUGGGUCUGGCUAUCGCUCCUGCAUUGGCGGGCUGCCCCUAUGCUUGGGAUGCUGGCAUCAACGCUGACGACAAUACAAAUCCUCACCCACAUGUGCCGCGUGAUACAGUGCCAUCAAAGUCAGUAGCAAGGAUCCAUUCGCCCACCCCAUCAGUCGCAGCCAACAAGAAGGGUAUCUUCUUGAUGAACCGGAUUGCCCCCGGCACCUCAAAACUGUAUAUCGCCAAUGCAGACGGCACAAACGAGCGUGCUCUUUUAAAGAAUCCCAUUUACGAAUAUCACGCCGACUUUUCUCCCGACGGAAAAUGGAUUACCUUCACUGGUGAGCGAAAUGGCGACGGAAACUCAGAUAUCUACCGAGUGCGUCCAGACGGGACCGAUCUCCAACCAAUUGUUGAAUCUCCAGCUAUGGAAGACAGUGUUGUGAUUUCACCGAACGGAAUACUCGCAGCAUAUGUCUCCACAGCAAACAACCACAUAGCUAAUAUCUGGGUUAAAAACUUGAAGACAGGCGCCGAGUGGAACAUCACCGACACUCCAGCUAACCGCCCGAAUGGUACCAUGAUGCCCGGUCACUUCCGCCCUGCCUGGUCGCCUGAUGGGGAGUGGCUUGCAUUCUCCUCCGAACGUAACACACCCUGGGAAGGUCAUGGAAAAGCUACGUACCUUGGUCUCGAUGGCUGGGAGCAUACCCAAGAGCUCGGCAUUUAUGUGGCUCGCCCCGAUGGAUCGGACUUUCGCCGUGUUGCACACCGCGCUGAUCAUUGUCUGGGAUCCCCCAAGUGGUCGCCCGAUGGUAAGCGGAUUCUGUUCUACGAGAUGACCCGUGGCGAGACUUGGGAUGCCCACCGACCUGAGUAUACCGGAGCUGCAAGCUCGACUAUCGUUUCCGUUGAAUUUGAUGGUAAGAACCGCCGUAUUGAGGUUGGUGGUACUGGUGUCAAGAUAUGGCCCCAGUACGUUACCGACACUACCAUUGGAUAUCUUCUAAAAGGUGGCACGAAUUUCGGACUGUACCUCACUAACGGUACUUAUUAUAAUACAACACUCCGCUCUCCUUCUUGGUCUCCGGACGGAAAGUACGUCGUUUAUGAGAAGAUCGAUUGGGAGCUUCGUCCCCUUUACAAAAGGCUCUACAGCUGGGACAGUGAAUGGGACUACCGUUUCACCGAUGUCUUCCCCCAAAUCUCUUCAAAGGGUCGCUUGUCUAUGACCGAAAGGCUCGGCAAUUCGUCUAUUGUGUCUUUCAACAAGGAAGGCAAAGAUCUAUCCCUCGUUUACGACCCUAAUGACACCAACCUUGCCAACAAAGCCAUGAUUUCGUUAGGUCUUGCCGGAGCAUACAACCCUAACUGGUCUGAAGACGGCGACUGGGUCGUCUUUGGAGUCGGCGCCUGGUUCGACCAGCGAGAGAAAUAUGGAGGCUGGAUCGUUCGCUCUACCGCAAAUGGCAGCCAUUCUGAGGUUAUUACUAGCAGUAACCACAUUCUGGCUGGAGGAACGAAACUCAACACUGGUUUUCCCAGUUUCUCGCACGACGGCAAGAAAGUCGUCUACCGGGUUUGGGGUCCCGAUAGCGCCCAGUACGGCACCAAGACUCAGAUUGGUCUCCGAGUUAUUGACCUCGAGACCAAGAAUGUCACUCAAAUCACCAGCGGCUGGGACAACCUUCCUGCCUUUUCGCCCGACGGGGAGCUUAUCGUGUUUACCCGCAAAGUUACUUCCACAAACUACGAUAUCUGCACCGUUCGUCCUGAUGGCAGUGACCUUCGUAUUCUCACAAGCAGUGAUGCCAACGAUGCACACGCCGUCUGGCGCCAGGAUGGCAAGAUUAUGUGGUCCACUGGCAUGUACGGCUUCCAGUAUGAAUGCGCCUUGUAUGAUGAUACUUUCCAGCCAUACAGCCAAAUCAUGAUUAUGGACUCCGACGGCUCGAACAAAAGGCCUCUUACGAACUCCAUUUGGGAAGACUCUAUGCCCCUUUUCAUUCCCAAAAAUUGCUUCUAG